GACAACAACAACAACAACAACAACACAUCAACAUGAUGCAUUAUACUUUAAAAUUCCCACCCCUCUCCCAUUUCCCCCCAAAUUUAUUUUCCCCCGGUGUAACUCAAAAUCUAGGUCUCGGGAAUGGAGGAGGGAUCCAUGAAACCUACCUUAGUUUCAACCCUCCCGGUUUCCUGUAUCCCCAUCCACUUAGACAGGGCGAUUCCAGCCAUCGUCUUUGACCACAGAUCUAAGUGUUACCGGCAUUCCAAGUUUUUCUCCCUCCUCCAUUUCCACCGUCCGGUCAUCUCCGUCGUCCAGAUACAGUGUAAUAGAAAACAAUGUAAAGGCAGAAACUUUUUUAGUAGGGACGGGGAUCAACGAGGGGCAGCGGGACCGGGG